CGUGCCGUUCCACUUUAGAUUGGUAUAUUGCAUGCCACCACGUAAUCAUGUACCGUUGAACGAAUCGUUGUGAUUCGGGAAUCGUGACCGACCUUUGUUCCUUCUUUGUGUUGUACUUGACAGAUUGAAAGCCAAUACGGUAAGCAGCUAUUGUUAAUAGACGCACGAACGUGAAUAUCAGUGAAUAAUUUUGGUGAGCCGUGUGUAACACAAGAGGAAAGAUGCAUCGAGCCAUGAUCAACUGCAAUCAGGUGCAGACUGAGGUGGUGGCAGAGGGUCGCUGGAUAGAGGAGGACCCACUGCCACAUUCCAGCAAGCACGUAGUCCUCGUCAUUCCCGGGAAUCCAGGUAUUCCACGAUUUUACGAAGGCUUCAUCAAGGCCCUCAAUUCGAAAUUAACGUCGGACACACCUGUGUGGAUCAUCGGGCAUGCGGGACAUGUUCAACCACCGAAAAAUCUGGACAUCGCUAUGCCCGGCGAUCAAAAGUGGGCAGAGUGCUACAGUCUGGCAGCACAGAUUCAGCACAAGGUUGAAUUCAUAAAGAAAUACGUUCCAGAGGAUGCACAUCUACAUCUCAUUGGACAUUCCAUAGGUGCCUGGCUCGUGCUCAAUUUGCUCAAGAACAAUGACAUUGAUAGAAGGAUAGAGAGAUGCUAUCUAUUGUUUCCCACCAUAGAGUACAUGGUGGAGACUCGUAAUGGAAUAUUCUUUACUAAUUUCAUAUCCCGUAUUGCACCAGUUUUAGUUUUCCUGUCUUGGAUCUUCACCUCGAUGUUCCCAGUAACUCUGCAAACGCUCCUGAUACGUACUUUUGGUUUGUUUUAUGGUAUUCCAGCCAAAUCCGUCAGGGCGGUGCGAGAAAUGUUGAAUCCGAGGUCUUUGAAUAAAAUAAUCAAUCUUGCCAAGGAAGAGAUGAAAUAUGUCAGAGAAGCUGAUGACGAGACUAUAUCAAAACAUGCUGAUAAACUUUGGUUUUACUACGGUGCCAGCGACGGUUGGGUUCCAGUGAAAUAUUAUAAAAAUAUAAUGUCGAGACAUCCUAAUCUAAAUGCUCAAUUAUGUCAGCGUGGCUUACAGCAUUCGUUCGUGUUGAAGGAUGAUGUGGACAUGGGACACAUCGUCGGCGAUCUCAUUAAUGAAGAAUUGAGUCGUUGAUGUUUCAGUUAAUGUAUUUCUUAUUACUUAAUGCAUUUCUAUUAUUUUUUGCACUGAAUUCUUUUAAUUUUUAUACUUUUUUGAUGCUCUCUUAUGCUUUUAUAUGUGGGUUUAUAGUAUUUCAUUCCUAUUUACAAUAUAUAUUCUCAUUAUCAUGUUAAUUAUAUUUAUACUUAUUAAGUAUUAUUUUUAAGCAUUUUUAUAUUGUUUACAUAUAUAUGUAUGUAUAUAUUUUUUAUUAUUACUUUUACAAGGAUACAAUAAUGUGAUAUCUCUAUAAUCAAAUGUGAUCAAAAAAUGUGAACAAAAAUUCAAUGGACUGUUUAUCGAAAUUGAUAACUGUAUAAUAAAUUGUUACAAAAAUUUUAA